UACUUUAAAAUGGCUGAAGCAUGGGGGAAGGUGCUGCCGAUGUUAAACUUGCCAUUUGGCCACUAGAGGCCUCUAUCAUUCUCUACUAUAAAACCCCACUUCUGCAUCACUAGAACACUGAGAAAGGUAUCGAGCAAAGAGAAGCAGCCAUCCGUGAGGGUUUGAGUUGAUUUAGUUGUGUAACAAGGAUUUCGUUUUGAGAAAAUUGGUAUGCUAAGAAAAAGUUUACUUAACGUUGGCUAACGUCGUUUGUUUCAUUUGAUCUUCAAAAAGUAACCCGCAUAAACCUAAAAAGGGACCUUUGCCUGACGGCUAAACCAGAACAACCAUGGCCAGUCGUAAGCGCAUCCUGAUCUCUCUGGGGAAAAGUCCUGCCAGGCAGAACCUGUUUGGCCCUGUUGACCGUGAGCAGCUGCAGCAGGAGUACCAGGACACCCUGCGCAGAGACCUGGAGGACGCCUGUCGCCGCUGGGGCUUCGACUUCCUGUCAGAUAAGCCUCUGGCUGGGGGAGACUUCCAGUGGGAAGAGGUACCGGGCACCAAGGUGCCUCUCCUCUACCUGCCCUGCCUGUUGAGUCAGGGGGAGGCACAGAAGAUCAGAGGGCCGGCAGCAUCCACAGGGAGAGUCAGAGCGGGGCCAUGGCACCGUGGUAAGGAAAACAUCCCUUGCACCCCUGAGAAGUACAGAGCCAACCUCCAGAACCUGGAGAAACCGCAAGACAAGAACGAGAACAAACUGAAGAGAAAACAGACCAACCUCACAGAUUUCUACCAAGCCAAGAAGAGAGUGGUGGGUAUGUCGCUUAAGUCAGGCCGGUGAUUUCAGAGACACAGUCACAGCUGCCAGGGAGCCAACAGUCGGACAAAACCACAGCAAGCACUACUUCUCUCAGGAACCCACACGCUGAAUAGACUGAGUGCAUACAGUACACUUACCAGGAGGAAUACAUAACCAAUCCUCUAAACAAACGCAGUGAAAAAUGAAACCAACUAUUUUAUUGCAUCCAUUACCGAUGCAUACUGUUUUAUUUUUAUAUCCAUGUAGGUUAACCGAUGUACAAUUGAUUUCAAUGUAAGGGGGCUUGUGUUCUCCCUGUGGUAAGGAGGGACAUUCUAAUGGUGCAUCCAUGACCAUUUGUGAGUCAUGAAAGAACAUCCUCUGCACCUUUAUGACCGUUUAGUGUAAGGAAGACUUAAAAAUCUAAGUCUGGACAGUUAAGGUCCUGCAUUCCACAGCACUGACAUAGACCAAUCGAAACCAUGCCUCUGGGUCUACACAUAAAUCGUCUUGUUUUGAUGACAUGUUGAAAUUAUGAAACCGUACUGUUUACGGUGCUGAGUUUGAAUCUACUAUAAUAUGGUGUCACAUUGAGAGGACGCUUGAAAGAAAUGACCACAACAACACAAUAGUCUUCAACAGUCUUUCCAGCUCAAAUAUCCAAAUGUUUGGAUUGAUGUUUUUUUCAUUAUGCUGUGUCUCUCAUGAAGAGGGCCAGGAAUCAUGUUAUUGUCUGUCAUUUGCAAACACUUCCUUUCCAAUGUAUGUAUUGUUGUACAUGAGAUUUCACUAUUUAAAUAUGUGUCUCAACAUGUACACAUAGGAAUCUACUUGAAGGGUACUGCUCUGCAUAAAAUUAUGCAAACUCCUGUAUAGAAAUGGCACUCUUUUUUUUUUUCACCUUUUAUUUUAGGCAAGUCAGUUAAGAACAAAUUCUUAUUUUCAAUGACGGUUAGGAACAGUGGGUUAUAACUGCCUUGUUCAGGGGCAGAAUUACAGAUUUUUACCUUGUCAGCUCAGGGUUUUGAUCUUGCAAACUUCCGGUUACUAGUCCAAUGCUCUAAACACUAGGCUACCUGCCACCCAAUGUCCCCCCCUUUCUACCUAACUAGGGCUUCUUGCUAUAAUACUCUUGGGAAUUUGUUGAUAGGGACCUCUGCUAUGUUCUUUCAAGCUUUUCAAGUAUUUUUACAAAGUCUAUUUAACAUCUGAACACAAAGCCAGACAUUCACCUUUCCUUAGAUACAGUGAGGGGGAAAAGUAGUUAAUCCCCUGCUGAUUUUGUUCUUUUGCCCACUGACAAAGAAAUGAUCCGUCUAUAAUUUUAAUGGUAGGUUUAUUUGAACAGUGAGAGACAGAAUAACAACAAAAA